UAACCUCUCUAGUCAUGAGGAUUGUCCUCUGUUGCCUUCCUUGCUGAUACCAAUGUGGAGAGGACACCAAAGUGUGCUGGCAAAACUCAUAAUAGAUAAGUUAUGCAAACUGACCUUUCUCCCUGUUAUUCUUAACACAGGAUCAUUCGUGGAAAAUAGUUAAUCUUUAAAUGAGUUCAGGCUCCUUGGAUUUAUAGGCAGCGCUUGGGACGCCCAUCCACUUCUUUGCAGAACCAAAUUACCAGGAGCAGCAAAGUCAACGAGGGCUGUCAGCUCCCAAAUGGGCCUCUUUGGAGUGUUGCCCUUCUUGCUGGUCUCCUGCAUCACCUUCUUGCUUAUCCUAAUCCGGAGGAGAGAUGCCACAAAGGGCAAACUGCCCCCAGGCCCCACACCGUUGCCUUUGCUGGGCAACUUGCUCCAGUUGGAUGUUCGGAACAUCAUCACAUCUUUUCAGAAGCUCCAGGAGCAGUAUGGCUCAGUCUUCACUGUCUACAUGGGCUCCCGGCCAAUUGUGGUGCUGUGUGGUUAUGGAACCAUAAAGGAAGCACUCAUAGAUAAUGCAGAAACAUUUGGAGGGAGAGGACUGAUGCUGGGUAUGGAUGAAACCAUCAGGGAUUAUGGCGUGGUUUCCACCAAUGGGGAACGGUGGAGGCAGCUCCGUCGCUUCUCCCUCACAACCCUGAGGAACUUUGGGAUGGGGAAGAGAUCCAUCGAGGAGCGGAUCCAGGAGGAGGCCCAGUUCCUGGUGGAAGCGCUGAGGAAAACGGAAGGGCACCCGUUUGAUCCGACCUUCCACCUCAGUCACGCUGUCUCCAAUGUUAUCUGCUCUGUGGUUUUUGGCCAGCGGUUCGAAUAUGAAGACAAACAGUUUGUCUUUUUACUUGAAAUGAUCAACAAAUCCUUCCGGCUCAUGUUUUCAGCAUCAUCGCAGAUGAAGAAUUUUUUCCCACGCCUGAUGCGGAUCCUGCCUGGGCCUCACCAAGAAGUGCCCAAGUACAUGAAGGAGUUAAUAAACUUCAUCUCUCAGAGGGUCCAGAUCCACCGAGAAUCCUUUGAUCCAAAUUGCCCCCGGGACUUCAUUGACUGUUUCCUGGCCAAAAUGGAGCAGGAUAAAGAUAACCCAACUUCGGAAUUCCAUAAUGAGAACUUGGCUGUUACGGUUCUUAACCUGUUCUUUGCAGGGACAGAGACAGUAAGCAGCAGCCUCAGAUAUGGGCUUCUCAUCCUCCUCCGAUACCCAGAGAUAGAAGCAAAGGUCCAAGAGGAGAUUGACCGGGUUAUUGGGAGAAAUCGCAGUCCCUCCUUAGAGGACCGGAGUCAGAUGCCCUUCACAGAUGCUGUCAUUCAUGAGAUCCAGCGGUUUAUAGAUGUCUCGCCACUGGCACCUCCUCAUUCAGUGACCUGCGACACACAUUUCCGGGGCUUCAGCAUUCCCAAGGGAACCACAGUAGUGCCAUUCCUGUCAUCCUCCCUGCAUGACCCCCAGCACUUUGAGACACCAAGGAAGUUCAAUCCUCACCACUUCCUGGAUGAAAGAGGGUCCUUCAAGAAGAAUGAGGCCUCCCUCCCAUUUUCAGCAGGGAAAAGGGUCUGCCUUGGCGAAGGUUUGGCCCGUAUGGAGCUCUUCCUAUUCUUCACAGUGGUGUUGCAAAACUUCCACCUAGAAUCCCUCCAGGAGAGGGAGGAAAUAGACAUUUCAGCGGAUGUGCGAGGCAGUUCAAAGCUUCCCCGGCCUUAUAAUCUGUGUGUGGUUCCACGGUAAAUGGUCCCUGCUGUAUGAGUGCUGAAAUAUUUGGGGGAUGCAGGUGCCUCUUCUAUCUCUCUCUCUGAUUGGGAGAUAAUAUUAACACAAAGAAGGUUCGUGGCUGAAAAACUGCUUUGAAAAUCACUGUGACAAUGA